AGCAAAAACAAAUCUUUCUAAAUACACACAGAGAAGUCAAACUAUGCGAUUAAAACGAGAAACCAGAAGUUCUGAGGAACAUUUGCGAAACAAUGACACUGAUAGGGAACGGAUGGUGCAGUUGCGUUUAAAUGAAACUCAGAAUCAAAGAAACCAACGGUUUAACGGAGAUAUAUCACGACAUAGACGAACGCGUCAACACGUAACUGAUGUAAAUAGGCAACAAAAUUGAGAGCGCAUUCAAAAAAACUUGCAUUGACAAAGUCAUCGUUCAAUCGUCUUGCAUUUGAAUAUGAUCCAGUAAUAGAUUAUUCAGCACAUCCCAAAAUUAUAGUUGGCGAAAUAAAUAUUGAAUGUGGAUAUUGUCAGGCAUUAAAAUUUAAAAAUGAAACACCUGGAAUAUGUUGCGCAUCAGGAAAAGUGGUAUUGUUUUCAUUAAAUCCACCACCCGAGCCAUUGAAAACAUUAAUAGCUGGCAUAACAUAUGAGUCAAAAUUAUUUUUGAAAAAAAUUCGAAAAUUUAAUUCGUGCUUUCAAAUGACCUCAUUUGGAGCAACAAAGGUAGUUAAAAAUACAAGUAACAACAAUUUCAAUGUUGAAACAACUUUCAAAAUUCAAGGUCAGGUUUAUCAUAGAAUUGGUUCGUUACUAUCGAUGCCCGAUGAGGACCCUAAAUUUCUGCAAAUUUACUUCAUGGGCUGUGAGGAAGAUAGAGUAAAUGCAAGAUGCAACUAUAAUCAUAUUGAAAUAAAUGCAGAAAAAGCAAUAGUUGCAUCUUUAGAAGCGUUUGUAAAUGAGAACAAUCAGUUAAUGAAAGUGUUCAAAGGAGUGUCGAACAGAUUACAAAAUGACAAUUACAUGAUUGUAAUCAAAGCCGACAAAGUACCAGUUGGAGAACAUACACGACGAUUUAACGCUCCAACUAUAAAUGAAAUCGCUGUUGUAAUAGUUGGCGAACAGUUUGAAAAACGAGACAUUAAAAUUAUGCGUAGAGAUAAAACAUGGCAAACAAUUGAAGAUACUCAUCGUUCAUAUGAUGCAUUGCAAUUUCCUCUAAUAUUUUGGGAGGGAGAAGAUGGAUAUCAAAUCAAUAUGAAAGAACCAAAAUAUAUUUCCAGUACUUUAUAUGGGCUACCCCAUGAUCCCUGUGAUCAAUUAUAA